UAGCUGAGGAUUGAGUCCACUCCACGUUAUACCAUCACAAUGAGUGAACCAGCGUUCCCCCUGUCCGUGACUGUCACGUUGGAACGGUCCCUAGAUAGCGAUGUUCGAAAGAGCUUGGACCGCUUCAUGAAAAGGAACUCCCGUGUUGUGUCUGAGACCACUUUAAACAGCGGUCAGACGUGGAACCAAGACGCUGUCCGUAGUACAGAAUUUAAAGUACAGCCACGGAAUGCCAACGAAUAUGACACGACAGAAGAAUUGUUCUGUUUCCUGCGACUGGAAUGGUGCAAACUCGGUCACUGUAUAUUCGGACUUGGAUGGCUUACUCCCGAAGAGAAAACAGGUGUUUUUGACAAAACCCAGAGAAACACUCCCACUCACUCUGAUAUUGCACUGAAAACAUUUGCCCUGGGUGCUUUUCGAGAGAGAAGUACAUUCAUCAACCACUAUGACGUGUCAGACCACGACUCUGGGUCUGAAGACGACUCGAGAGGUCUUGAGAGACAGGUGACCUUUGAACAUGACCGGAGACAGCUUGUGGUUCACUUCAAGCCAUGCGAAGACGAAGAUCUUCACAAGUUCGAAGUGGAUUAUGACAACCUGGAGGAUUACAUCCUUGUCGACGACAGCGAUGCACAGACAGAACUGUACCUCUUCCUCAAACAUCCACUAAAGGUAUUCAGGGCGACCGAUCCAGGCAACGACUGUGGUGUUGACAGGAUUGACUCCGUUAAUACGAAGACAGUUUGGAGGCGUACCACAUCAUUUGCAGGAUGCACACGUCGAGAUCUUGGAUAUUCUUCCUGUCUCCAGUUGGUUAUUGAAAAUAAUGAUACCGUAAACUCCCAUGCUGUCCUCAGCCGCCUGUGCCAGAGUUGUGGCUUCACAGCAAACUAUUUGUCCGUGCACUGUAUCAAACCUUCAGCCCUAGAGCAAGAACCUUCACUGACACACUUCGAGUGUGUUUACGCGCUGCGCGUAUUUCUCUCGCGCGGGUACAGUGUGACGGACCAGGUCCUUGUCAACCAGCAUUUCUUUCAAAAACUCCAAGAUAUGGAAGAAGACGAAGAACGAUUCGGUCCGAGGUUUGUCUGCGAAAUACUUCGACGGCUUACCCUGACUGUGGAAAGUAACAGAUUUGCGGACAUCGACACUACACUACGGAAACUACUUGCCAUGAGGGACAUCAUCCUCGAGGCAGAGCAGUCCCAGUACCCGGCUGCCCACCGCAUGGUGCGCCGCGUCUUCGUCACACCGACCCGCCUGAUGUUCAUGCACCCUGAAAUAGUGCGGGAUAACAGAAUCCUUCGGAAGUACGGUGAGGACAACUUUAUGAGGGUGUCCAUUCGGGACGAAGACUUCUGCAAGCUGUCAGCAGUAGGAGGCGAGGAGGAGACGACAUUUACACGUGUCAAAAAAUUCCUUCAGGACGGGCUGUUAGUCGGAGACAGGAAAUACGUAUUCCUAGCUGCCUCUAACAGCCAGCUUAGGGAGCACAACGUCUGGUUCUUCGCUUCAGACGGGAAGAAUACAGCCGAGUCCAUCAGAAAAGACAUGGGAGACUUCUCUGACAUCAAAUGCCCUGCUACCGUGCUUGCACGCAUGGGCCAGUGCUUCUCCAACACCGAGCCAAGUGUGACUGCCCUGAUCUCUGCCGGGGAGGUGGUCAGGAUACCUGAGGUUAAAGGUGGCUAUCCCAACGUCUACUGCUUCUCUGAUGGUAUUGGCAAGAUAUCACAGUCACUGGCACAGAAGGUAAAUGAACGUAGAGCGAUAGGCCGUGGUGAAACAGAAGUACCAUCAGCCUACCAGAUCCGGUACGGAGGAGUCAAGGGUGUGGUGGCAGUGGAUCCAAGUCUCGACAGUGAUGUGAUGGAAGUUCGGCCGAGUAUGAUGAAGUUUCUGUCCUUUGAUCAACAGAUUGAAAUCUGCAUGACCAGUCAUCCAGGUCGACUGUACCUGAACAGGCAGGUGAUCACUAUCCUAUCAGCGUUGGGCGUUCCUGACCAGACCUUUCAGCAGCUCCAAGAGGCAAUGCUGCAGAAUCUGUCCGACAUGCUUGUGAGAGAGGACGUUGCAUUCGAAUCCAUGAAGAGAAGGGCACAGCCACUAGGGUUACCUUUGGGCAGACUGUCCCGUUGUGGACUCCAUGUCACCACAGAACCGUUCUUCAGGGCCAUGCUACAAAAAAUGUUCACCUGCUUCCUCGGAGAACUAAGACGAAGAGCGAGAAUAGAGAUCCCACCCGAGUACGGACGGAACAUGUUGGGUGUCCUGGACGAGACAGGCACACUGGAGUACGGACAAGUCUUCGUCCAAUACACGGAGGAUAUCACAGACAAAGGGGGCCAAACCAAAGUGACAGGAGACGUCGUUGUUACACGGAAUCCGUGUUUCCACCCGGGAGACCUACGGAAACUCAGGGCAGUCGACAUUCCCUCACUGCAUCAUAUGGUUGACGUCAUCGUCUUCCCCUCCAAAGGACCGCGACCGCAUCCAAACGAGAUGUCGGGAGGAGACCUGGAUGGCGACCAGUUCUUCGUCACCUGGUAUCCAGGUUUGAUAUUCCCGAAACCCAAUCAGGGGCCCAUGGACUUCACGGCACAGCCGAAGAAAGAGCUACCAAGUGUCGAAACCCAUGACAUCAUAGAUUUCAUUGUCGAGUACAUUGCAAAUGACAGGCUUGGGCAGAUUGCUAACGCACAUCUCGCUUUUGCGCACACCGAGAAAGAAGGCAUAUUUUCCAGUAAAUGCCUUGGACUAGCUAAAAAGCAUUCCGAUGCAGUCGAUUUUCCAAAGACAGGAGUAUGCCCAACUUUAAAAAUGGAAGAGAGACCUUUGGAGUAUCCAGAUUUUAUGGGCAAGAAGAAAGGGAAGACGUCAAGACGGUCAGAGGCCGUCCAGGGCAAGAUGUACCGGGAGUGUCUUAGGAUUGAACGGGUUUGCAGUCAUCUACAUAAAGACAAGGACACUGGAGGUAAAAAUAUCGAAAUAGACCCAGAUUUCACACAUAAAGACCGUAAACGGUAUGCUGUGUCUUCUCGUCAGGCUAAAGACGACUUCUACGACAAGCUACAGGAUCUGAUGAGUCAGUACGGGAUUGACACAGAAGCUGAGGCCGUAUCGGGAUGCUUCGUCAGAAUGCACCACCACAUGGAAGACCGUUAUGAGAGGUUUGAGGCAGAAAGAAUCGCCAAGGACCGGAUCGCCCAUCUUCGCAAACAGACCAGACAGGAAUUCUUUGCCGAAUUCGGAGGUGAAGACAGCAUAGACUUAGACCAUUGUCCUGAGAAUGUCAUGGCAAAAGCGUCCGCCUGGUACCACGCCUCCUACAGCACGGGUAAUCCCAAUUUGCUCAGCUUCCCAUGGGUGGUGGCAGAUGUUCUAGCUGAGCUGAAGAAAAGAGCAACACGCUCUUCUCCAAUCGUUGAACAGCCAGUCUUCGACAGAAUCACAAGGGAUUUAGAUGAAGUGUACGGGACACAGUUCUACACUACCGUUAUGAAUGUGAUGGGUUCAAGAGAUGACUUACACAGUCGAGUUCUAUCGUACGUACUGAUGUACAUACGGCAGUACGCUACUGCUAUGCACCUAGUUUCCUUUCUCUUGCAAUGGGGAAAGGAUCAAAUGAUUUGGGGUGAACAUUAUUCUCAGAUUAACCAGACAAAUCUACUCUUCCUCUUCGUUGUUAAUGCUGUCAAACAAGGCUUCUUUGAAGAUUUGGGCAUGCCGACAGAAAAUGAAAUUUCAAAACUGCGUGCCUUCAUUCGACGAACAAGGGAAAAUGGUUACUACGACACGCGCUUUAUGCCAGAGGGGAAAUGUGCGGGAGAACUCUGCAUCAGCUUUCUGAGAUACUUGAGUUCUUACGGAUUCCUGGAGACCACCGAGGUUGCUAUUCACGGCAUCUCGCAACUACUGCCCGGUAGCGCCAGAGGGAAUCUCCACGGUAAGGCGCUGGUAGCCUAUCACCUGUUGGCACAAACAGGAGAUAUUCGGCGACUUGCGAGCACUAUGGACACCUACAAGGAAAUCCGAUGGGAUAUGGAAAUACCUCCGAACUUGUGGAGCCAGUACUUCUACAGACACCAGAGGGAGCGGGAACAAGAGCUGUCAAAGGAGACUGGUGCACAGCAGGUUCAUGUCCGUCCACUGAAACGAGUCCCAGGACCGUACCGGGGACAUUUGUCUGCCGUUGGUACAGAGGAAAGCAUCACUGAGCUCCAGCUAGUCAUGGACGACUUGAUUGAUAGAUACAAGAAUAACCACGGACGACCUUGGUCGCGACGUCGGCAAAGUCCCAAAUCUAGAUAG